AUGGGAAUCAAAGGAUUGACGAAGCUGUUAGCGGACAACGCGCCGGGGUGCAUGAGGGAGCAGAAGCUGGAGAGCUACUUCGGCCGCAAGAUCGCCAUCGACGCCAGCAUGAGCAUCUACCAGUUCCUGAUCGUGGUGGGAAGACAAGGGACAGAAACACUUACCAACGAGGCUGGCGAAGUCACUAGUCACCUGCAGGGGAUGUUCACGCGGACCAUUCGCAUCCUAGAGGCGGGGCUCAAACCAGUCUAUGUGUUUGAUGGCAAACCUCCGGACCUCAAAAGGGAAGAACUUAAGAAGCGGUACUCUCGAAGGGAGGGAGCAACGGAGGGGUUAGAGGAGGCGAAGGAGGAGGGGAAGGCGGAGGACAUAGAGAAGUACAGCAAGCGCACCGUGCGGGUCACACGGCAGCACAACGAGGACUGCCGCCGCCUGCUUCGCCUCAUGGGGGUGCCGGUGGUUGAGGCGCCAUCUGAAGCAGAGGCUGAGUGUGCGAACCUGGCGAAGCAGGGCAAGGUGUUCGGAGUGGCAUCAGAGGACAUGGAUGCUCUCACCUUCGGAGCUCCCAAGUUCCUGAGGCACCUCAUGGAGCCAGCUGCCAGGAAACUUCCCGUCAUGGAGUUUGACGUUGCCAAGGUACUGGAGGGACUGAAUCUUACAAUGGACGAGUUCAUCGACCUCUGCAUUCUGUGCGGCUGUGACUACUGCGAGUCCAUCAGGGGCGUGGGUCCCACCACGGCUCUCAAGCUUAUUAGACAGCACAAGAACAUUGAGACCAUUCUCGAGAAGACUGGAGACAAGUAUCAGGUGCCAGACCCGUGGCCAUAUGCCGAAGCCAGGAAGCUUUUCAAGGAGCCGCUAGUCACACCUUCUGAGGAAGUCCCUGAAAUCAAAUGGACGCCACCGGAUGAAGAGGGGCUGGUGAAAUUCCUGGUGGAGGAGAACGGGUUCAACUUGGAGAGAGUCACCAAGGUACACUCACCUGUAAUGAGUGAGGAGGGCACCACAUGCCUCUGA